UCGUGAAUGUAAAAGAGGUGAGGUUACUCCGUGCUGUUUUUGGACUGUUGUAAUCUGGUCAAAUAUGUGGACGGCCGCAUGAAUUGAGAGGAAACGAAUUUUUUUGCCGUACGAUAUUUGUGAUAGGAAAUUUGUGCUGCUUUAAGCAAAAAAUUGUUUUAAAUGGGUUUUCAGCAUGGGCGAGAUUUAUGGUGGAUUUGUUGAAAUAACGGAGAGUGCUAUGAGUUCACGUUGUCGUUCGUUACGUCUGUUAAAAGCUCUGGAGAUUGCAGAUCGAUUCGUCAUGGGAGAUUACGGUUUUUUAGUUUCUUCCCCCUUUUGGAUCUGUUAAUGUAUUAGGCCGCGUAGGUUGCACCAGUGCAUCCACAAUUCUGGUUGAUGAAAUUUUCAAGUUGUGGGUGAUAAAAUGAAUAUGGAUAUGGAUUCAUCUCCUGAACAGGAGCCUGACGACGACGAUAAUCAUUUUGUUGAAGUGGAUCCAACUGGGCGUUAUGGUCGGUAUAAGAAGAUUCUUGGAAAGGGAGCUUUUAAGACUGUCUACUGGGCCUUUGAUAGAUUAGAGGGCAUGGAGGUUGCAUGGAACCAAGUGAAAGUCAGAGAGGUUUCACAAGGAUAUGGAGACUUGGAACGUCUAUAUUCUGAGGUCCAUCUUCUGAAGACUCUUAAACACAAAAAUAUUAUCAAGUUCUACAACUACUGGGUGGAUGCAGAGAACAGCCACAUAAAUAUUAUAACAGAGAUAUUCACAUCUGGAACCCUCAGGCAAUACCGGAAAAGGCAUAAACAAGUAGAUGUGAGAGCUAUCAAAAAUUGGUCACGACAAAUAUUGCAGGGUCUUUUAUACUUGCACAGUCAGAAUCCUCCAAUUAUCCAUCGUGAUUUGAAGUGUGACAACAUUUUUGUGAAUGGAGGGCAAGGUGAAGUGAAAAUUGGAGAUCUUGGCAUGGCAAAAAUUCUCCAUCAGGCCCAUGCAGAUACCAUUAUUGGAACGCCCGAAUUCAUGGCCCCAGAACUCUAUGAAGAAAAAUACAAUGAACUGGUCGAUAUUUACUCUUUCGGCAUGUGCUUGUUGGAGAUGAUGACUUUUGAGUAUCCAUACAUUGAGUGUGAAAAUGCAGUACAAAUUUAUAAGAAAGUUAGCUCGGGUGUAAAACCAGCUGCCUUGGACAAAAUCAAGGAUCCUUUUGUUCGACAGUUCAUUGAAAAAUGCUUGGCAACAGCAUCCGAAAGACUUACUGCAAGGGAGUUGUUGAUUGAUCCCUUUCUUCAAAAUGACGGAGAUUGUCAAAUUAUGGACCAUAGCUGGCUUCUUUCACUUGGAAAUGAGAUCGAGGGGAAAGCAAUAUCAAAGGAAUCAUAUACAGAUGGAAGCUUUCACAAGUUGUCUCCAACUUUAGAGCAAGGGGUCAUAGACAGGGGAAGCUUCAAAACAGUGGAGGACCUGAAGUUGCGUUGCAACUCAAAUGCUAGCAUAGGAAUGAAUAUGAAUCAAGAAUCAGCAGAAGUAAUAAACUCUAGUUUGGAUAGCUACAUGGAUGAUGGAUGUGACACUUCAAUUGCUGAGGAAGUUUCUCACAGGAAUCUAGAUAUUCGAGUAAAGGGCAAACGGAAAGAUGACAACACAAUUUUCUUGAAACUCUGUAUUGCAGAUUCUGAAGGCUAUGUUCGCAAUAUUCAUUUUCCAUUUGAUAUUGAAGCUGACACAGCAAUGAUUGUUGCAAGUGAAAUGGUGGCAGAGCUGGAUCUAUCAGAUCAAGAUGUUACAAAAAUUGCCGAAGCGAUGGAUGUAGAGAUAGUAUCUCUUGUGCCAGAAUGGAAGCCUGGAGUGUCUUUUGAUGAUGCCUCUGAUGAUCAUUCACGUGUCAUCAGUGAAGACAACUAUUCUGAUUUAACAAGUGAUGAUGAUAAUGCUUCAGGUGGAUUUGUGCUUGAACGCUUACCAUCUGGUCGUAGGUAUUGGUUACAGUCUCCACAUCAACUUGCAGGAAACUCUGCUACUAAGGCUGCAUCAGUGAAAGCUCCUGUUAAAUUUCCACCUUCCAUGCAUGCUGGAAUUAAGGACGGGUUGGCUACGAAUAAUAUAGAUAGAAGAGAUCACUCUGGGUAUCUAGAACAUGCAGAAAUAAUUGAUUGCAAUGGAAAUGUACCAGGAACCAAUUCAGACACAGACCAUUCUCCUGCUGAGAGCGUAAUGAGCACAAUUGUAGCUGAAUCUGAAGAUCAUCCACACAGAUUGCAGGUUGACUCAAAUAGCGAGGAGAGAUUGCAAGAUAUACAUGAAGGAAAAGACUCUGCAAGAGGUCUUCUGUUAGAAGAAGAUAGAAGGAUAGCCAAUGAGCUAAAGAAGUUGACCAUGAAGCAAGAACAUGAAUUAAAAGCAUUGAGGCACAGACAUGAAGAAGCGCUUCAAGUUUUGAAAAAUCAAUUGCGCCAGAAAGGCUGCACAGGAAGGAAUUGCUUUUCUGAAGCUUCUGACUUGCAGCAGAAGCUUUCUAUUGACAGAUCGACUCUCAAUGGUGAAAAUAAAUCACAAAGACUUUCGUUGGCAGAAAUUACUGCUGCUACUGCUACAGUCAAUUCAACGCAUGGUCUGCAAAUGCAUCAUCGGAGUAGUUCAGGUGACAGUUGUAUUUCAAAUCAUAAAUUUGAUGCGCAAGGUUUGCCUUCAAGGUUUGAAUCAGUUGAUUUUUCCAUAUAUGGAGUCAGUGACAACACCCUAGAGAACACUCCUGAUAGGGUUGAAAUGAGUAAGAGCAUUGCUCCUGAUAUAAGAAAGGAGGAUCUGCUAGCACAAGAAUAUAAUAAGGCAUCACCAAAAUCCUUAUCAAGAAGACAAGGUAUUGGUUCCAUCUUCUCCAAAAAAACAUCACUUAAGUCACAUAACAAUACGGAAACAAUUGUAGGUAAAGAAAUAAAAAGUAGAACUCAAUCUGUAAAGAAUGGGUCAACAUUAGGCUGCACUAGCGAGGAUGAGUAUGUGUCAUCCUCAAAGAAGAAGAAUUAUGCCAAAGAGAGUAAACGCCAUUCUUUUGUGAAAAGCGGACCUUUGGAACCCUCAUCUCUGGCAAAUUUGUUUAAGAUGGAAAAAGUAGUUCAGAAGCAGGAUGCAUCUACUUCUGGGAAAAGUAUUAAGCAGGAUACAGAUGGACUGCAAUCUAAGCUGAUGAUCAAAGAAUCUGUUCCAACUUUGGCAAAUGUUUCCAAUGGCGUUGAAAAGUCUGGGAGACCUGAGUCGUUUAUUAAAGCCUAUAGGAAUGGAUUCUCUCGCAAGGAUAAGCCAAGGCCAAGCCAGAGGGAGCUGAGAGCAUCUGACCAAUCCUCCCCAGAGAGUGUACCAGAUGAAUCUUCCAAUUCAAGAGGUAGUAAUAAAGAGUUUUAUCAAUUGAAAAAACAGAGUUUUCAGAAAUCAGUUGCUUCCUCGCAGGCCAAAACUGUAGAUGGCACACAGAAAUCAAAAACUUAUUUUAACAGUUCAGUUAAGAAGCAGAAUAUGACUAUUCCUCUUGUCAUGGCCUUUCAUUUAUGAUCUUAAACAAUACAGCAGAGUUCCCAGAGAUUAGCAGCACAUGAUUUUCCUAUGGUGUAUUGCUAGUUUGGUUUCAGAAUUCUCAGCUAUUGUAACUGUUCUUUAAAGCUGAGUAGCUGGAACUUGUAAUAUUAUCUCGAAAUGGGUUGGUAUAUAUACGAUGCAAGAUCCCUUUCAAACAGGUAAAUUUGAUUGUUGGUGCUUAAA